AUGGACUGGCUAGCUGCAGAAAAUGUUGCAAUCUUCCCAAGUACAUAUCUCAAGCAGAGCGAAGCAUCGGUAUCCAAAAGAGGUCUGUAUUAUGAUCGCCGAGCGACGAGAGUCCUCUGCGACCUUCGGGAAGUCAACGGCGGAAUCCACGUGAACACCACAUUUUCCCAACUUACAGUCCCGGUUGACCCUUACGUGAUCCCUGGGCGUCCCUCUAGUGGCCUGAUACCAACUGUUAAAUCUGAGCCAAUUGGUGAACUUGGAGCCGGGUAUGUCCUCCAUGCCAAUCCCACGCAAAACCUGCUGACCCUCGAUUCGUAUAGCGACAAAACCCUAUCUGCUUAUGUCUCCAGGAUGUGCUUGACAAAUGUCAUGUCGAACCUCGUUCCUUUCAGCAAGCCUGUCAGCUACAAUGCCUCCGAAUAUAUCCUCUGGUCUCGAUAUGUGGCCUCUGGAAGUAAAAUUUUGACCCCUGAUCCUGUCAUCCGCAAUCUCAAGACCGAUACAAUUGGCAGUACCACCCUUGGUCUUGGCUUUGACCUCCCUGGCAGAACCCUUACUUAUCCAGAGGGCUACUGGAAUACUCGAAAUGAGCUGACGCACUCUCUCGCCGAGUGGCAAAAGGGCCAGCUGUAUUUCUUUGCCAACGACCCUUCGAUGCCGAGUGAAACUCGUGCUGAAUGGAGUAAAUGGGGAUAUGCCAAAGAUGGGUUUACUGACAACAAUCACUUCUCUCGGAAAAUGUACUUAAGGGACAGAAGAAGACUGCUGAAGGACGAUUUCAUCAUUACAGCAAAGACCGCCGCAUAUCCUUCUGUCGAGGCCUCUGCAAAUAACCCCAUCGCAGUCAACACCUUCUCACCGGUCCAAGAUGUUCCCUACUCUGUUCUCCGCCCGAAGCUUCUGAACGCCGACGUUGUUUUGAACCCCUCAACCGUAGGUCAACCUGAUCAUACCGAGCUUUAG